AUGAGCAUAUUUAACAUCGUCCAAGCUGCUGCUGCUGCUUCUGCUGCUUCUGCUGCUGCUUCGGCCGCUGCUGCUGAUGGACCAAGAGACCCUUGGGCUUCACAUACUCGUCAGUCAUCAUCAUCCCAUCUUGGAUCAUCAUCAACUACAUCAUCAUCAUCAUCAUCAUCAUCAAUUACAACCCCUCCAGCUUUACCUCAACAGAUUCAACCUCAGUUUAACAGAAGAUCUGUUUCUCUUUCAGCUUCUAUGAAUACCUUCCCUUCAUUAUCAUCCCAAGCCAUUGAUGAAGAACCUAUACUAUCUCACCACCAUUCUGACCUUUCGUUGGCUUUAUCCUCUCCAUCUCCAUUAUCAUCAGUCAACCAAAUUGAUCGACAAAUUAGUAACAGCAUCAACAUUAAUAAUACCAAUACCAAUAACAACAAUAACAAUAAUAGUUUGUUGACUAAUGGAAAUUCUGGUACAAAACCUACAGUUAGUGGUGGUUCUAAUAACGUCAUUGUCCCGUCAUCGCCAUUUAACAUUCCUCCACCAACUGCUUUCCAUGAACCUCAACGUAGAUUCACAUGGACUACAACAUCCAAUAACAAUACUUUAGUCGAUCUACCUGUUACUAAUCUUAGCAAUGCUCAAUUAAAUAGUGGUGGUAAUAAUAAUAAUAAUAAUAUUAGUAGUAGUAGUAGUAAUAACAACAAUUCAUUUGCUACUUCAGGGCUUCUUUCGUCAUUACCAAAAUAUAGAGAUUCCGCUAUAAUUCCACCGGGUCAACAACAACAACAACAACAACAUCAGCAGGCUUCGAUACCAAUACAACAACCAACUUCUAAUUCUUACCAACAACAACAACAACCUCAGCAGAUUCAAAAUAUAGGCAUUCUGUUAAAACGUCUAGAUGAUACCGUCUUUGAACUUAAGUCAGAGUUUCGAUUACUUUACCAAGAAAAUGAGCGUUUACGAUAUCAACUCAAGUGUAGAGAUGAACAACAACAUCUACAACAGCAAAAGCCAUUGCAACAGCCUUCAUGUCCUACAUCUCCUCAUUUUGAUGCUCAGCUACAAGAAACCCUAAAGAAGGAUCUCCUUCAUACGCUGGCCACUCCAGUUGCACCACCAACACUAACAACUUCAACUUCAACACCAUCAGCAAAUACCCAGCCAGGUGCCAUUGGAUCAAAGCCUGUUUCGGAACCAACAACAGUCAAGCAAACGUCUUUGCCAACUCAAACACCUAAACAACCAAUUCAUGAAGAACAAAAUCAAUACAACCUUCCAACCCACACAUCUCAAUCUCAAUCACAAUCUCAAUCACCCCCUAUAGACCCUAGCAAAAAGGUAAAACUUUUGAAAAAGGACCAGCAACCUCCGUCACAAUUGCAUUCAACAACUUGUUCAACCUCCUCUUCAACCUCCUCUCCUGCAUACUCCUCGCGCUAUGAAAAACCCCGAUAUAGUUCUUCCUCAUUUUCUACUACCCGAUCCCCACCAGAGUACCACCCUUCACCCUUUGGCUACGAAGCCGUUGUUUAUGGGGUCGAAAAAUCACUGACCAUGGAUCAGAUCCGCGAUGAUCUCGAGGCCAACGACGUGAUUCUAGCAUGCACGCCACGGCCCCUCAUGCGUGCAGACAAGUCAUCUCCACUCCCCGUGCACUCGGUUGUCAUCACGCUGGUCGACGAAGACACCUUUCGACAGUGCAUAGAGCACUCGCUGCCCAUCAACUACUCCAUGCGCCGUGUCAAGGCCCUUCGUUCUCAUCCACGAUCUAGAAAGCGUGGAGGCGGUAGCGGCGGCGGCGGCGGCAGCAGCAGCAGCGAGUGGCGUUCUGUCAAUUCUCAUCGGGUAUCCUACGAAAAUGAGCCUGAGUCGCAUGUCGACACCGAUGACGAUGACGACGAUGAAGAUGACUUUGACGAGGAAUGA